AUGGAGGCUCUAAAGAAGUCCUUCCAAGGCGCAACCCAGAACCUCAGCGACGAGGAGGAGCGCCACCAAAAAUGCGAGGACAUGCGUGAGAAGGCGCUGACGAAGUGCUCGCGCGUCAAGUUCCUUGUGGACGCCAUGGAGAAAAUCGGCUGCAGUCUGGAGCCCGUUUUUUUCUCUAGCGUGAAGUGCGAGGGAAAAAUCAACGGAGGUUUUCAUCUUGAUGACGAGGGCAAGCCUGGAGUAGUACUAUGCCAGAACCACAUUCCAGACCAGGAGUGGAUGGAUCGCACCAUGGCGCAUGAGCUGAUCCACGCCUUCGACCACUGCCGCAAUAAGAUCGACUGGAAUAAGUGCGAGCAUCACGCUUGCAGUGAGAUCCGCGCAGCAGCAUUGAGUGGUGACUGCAAUUGGAAGUACGAGUUUUUCCGCAAGAAUUUCAACGUCAGCAAGCAGCACCAGCUCUGCACGCGACGACGAGCAAAACUGUCCAUCGAGCAGAACGGCGCGUGCAAAGGCAGAGCAGACGAAUGUAUCGACAAGGUGUUUGACUCGUGCUACCGCGAUUGGUCUCCAUACCGCGAGAUCCCGUAG